CAGAGUUUGUGGGGCCUAGUGAAGGUCAUCCUUUAAUUUAGUGCCCAUGGCGGAAAUAGAAAUCAUGACCGAAUUGAAGGUGUCGGCGAAGAAGCCGGCAUCAUUUUAUGUGAGAGCAGCUGCCACAUUUCUCCGGGGCACACGUGACAAGGAGCCCGUCAACGAAUUGAGAGUCACCGCGCUGGGUAGCACUAUAGAUGUGGCUGUCACUGUCGCAGUGCGCAUGGAACGUGAUGGGAUUGGCAAAAUCGCAACCAUUCACACCGACUACGUGCAGGUCUCCAGGGGACAAUCUCCACAGAUAUCCUUUCGAUUGCUGCGAAUCCUCCCUCCGGCAAUCCUCCGCGAGGUAGAGGUGAAACCGGAAUUUGUCGAGGAGUUUCUGAAGGUUAUGACAGCGCUUGCUGCAGGUGCGCGCGCAGAAGCAGGCUGUUUGCGGUAUGACCUGCUUCGUGCGCAGGAGAGCAGCUGCAAGUUUUUGGCUUAUGAGGUCUUCAUAUCAAAGAAGGCGUUUGAAAGUCAUGCCGCAGCACCUUACGCAAAGGCACUUGAAGCUUUCGAAAAGGACAGCCGAAGUCCUAUAGUGUCUACCUCCUUGUCAGAGGUGGAGGUCAUGGAUUUUCAGAGAUCCAGCCCUGCACCAGCGGAAAGCCCAACGGUGGUGAUUCUGGAAGUCGGCAUCAAGGGGAGCUGCAUUCCAGAAUUCACAGAGGUGAUGAGUGCGAAUUGCCGAGGAUCCCGCAAUGAAGUGGGCUGCUUGCGUUUCGACCUGCUGCGCAGUACAACCAAAGCAGACACCUUCAUGUCCUAUGAGGCAUUUGAAUCCCCAGACUCACUGGAGAUCCACAAGGACAUGCCAUAUACAAAGGCUUGGGGUGCUUUCCAAUAUGGAGACCAAAAGCCUGUGACCAGCAAGAGAGUGGUCAAGUACAAUGUCAUGGACCUUCACGCCCCUGAGCUCCUCAGCUGAGCCCGAAGAUGAGUUCGACUCUGUGCCCCUGCUGAGCCAAUGGGCCCGGUGCUACCCGUGCAAAUCGGCCGGCAGUGAGCCAGGUUGACUUCCGACGCAGUCUAUUCGUGGCAGGCGUUUGACAAAGUCAGAGUCGGGCACUUUUCGGACCAGUUGCACAUGGUUGCACUGUCUCCUGAGUCCACGGGAACCCCACAUAUGUGAACAACCUGGUGUCAAAGACAGUUUCGGACUAGUUUGCCAUUGUGGUUAUUGUUUGGAUUAGAAAGGUUAUAGCCGCUGAUAAACAUUUGGUGUGCACGACUUUGUCAAGAAGUCCUGUCGAUACUUACUAGGAUUAUCUAGGAUUAUCAAGUUUGCGG